CACAUUCAAAUCCCCCAAGCAGGCAUGAAAGUUGUUUCGGCGUGUGUCAUGCAGGAAGAACGAUCGUACUUUCUUUCUUUCUUUCUUUCUUUAUCUGGCUGUUAUUUCCGGGACUGAUUAAGCGCCGCUGCCUGACUGGCUGCUGUGUCAGUGGAAACACCACAUGCGAGCGCCAUCAGACUGGGCAUUGAAGGGCACAAGCGGGUAGAGGUGAAUGACGGAGGUGACGAGUGGUGUAGGACUGGACGGGUUCGGACGGCACAAGCGACGUCCUGAAGCCGCGAGCUGCCCGACCUUCCUCUCACUUCGCCUUUUCUCGGCCCGCCCUCCCUCGAUCCUCCCUCUCCGUCCCGGAAGUGCCGGCCAGGUGAAGCUCCGGCAGGUGAGGUUGUCGAGAGCUUUGUCAGUGCCACCAUCGCGGAGGUGUGAGCGGAGAAGGCGACGUGGGCAGCGUAGAGUACGACUCGAGUUCAGCAGCAGGUGGUGCUGCCGGUUGCCACCAUGAAGCUCCACGGGAAGCCGGUCAUGCUGUAUGCCACCAGCAAGACCCCGGUCGACAAAGAGGGUCACUUGUACAAGAAGGGCGAGCGUAACACCUCCUAUCAGAAGCGCUGGUUCAUACUGAAGGGCAACCUGUUGUUCUACUACGAGAAGCGGAGUGACCGCGAACCGCUGGGGGUCAUCGUGCUGGAGGGCUGCUCCGUGCAGCUUUGUGAAUCCAACGAAAACUACGCCUUUGACAUCCGUUACGAGGGACCCGGGAUCCGCACCUACAAGUUAGCAGCGGAGGACCAGUGUACGCAGGAAGCCUGGGUGAAAGCCCUGCUAUGGGCGAACUUCAGUCGCUUGCGUAUGCUGGUGCAGGAUUUGGAGCGUACGUAUGAACAAGUGCACGUGGACUCGGGACCCCGGCACCGGCUCACGGUCUUAGGUAUCGAGAGUGAGCGGGUCACUACUCAUCUGAGGCGGCCGGUGCACGGGGGAGCAGCCACGCAUAAGCCAGGACCUUCCACUUUUACCAGCGAGCCGCUGGAAAACUUCGUAGAGCUGCACGAACGAUACCGGAAAGAGGUCGACGCAGUCCGGCAGGAGUGGCUCAGCAAGCGGAACCAACAGCAGGGUGACCCACCUGUGGCUGACCUCGUCGAUCUGAGCUGAGCUUGGAUGUGGCGCCAUCCAUCCACUUCAGUGGGCGCGUUGAGCACUACAGAAAUGAGCGCCAUUUGGUUUGGGCUCUUUUGGACAUUUGCUAAGGAAAUUACAUAAAAAGGGCUGCACUAAAGAAGGACGAAUGCCCGAUCCGGACUUUUGAUUGGUUAAUUAUGGACUUAAAAGAAAAAAAAAAAACGCAGCCUGACCUCUGGCGCGGCGCUGGAUGCCACGCCUCUUUUAGUCUGACGUGUUCCGUGUAUAUAAAAGGGGGCGCCCCCUACAUGUCAUUCAGCGACCUCACACUUGAACUCCGCUUUGGGGUCUUUUUCUUAUUUGAUCCAAUCAUGUGUAACCAUUAGUAUCAUGUGACCUCCCGAUGGUCUGCCUUUCACGAUUGUCCGCUGCAAUGACCACCCCGGCUUGAGGGGUACUGUGUAGGUCUGUGCUCUGAAUGUCGGGUGACGUGUGGUUUUAUUUCCUUAAUUCAUAUAACAUUUAUUUUGGUGACAGUUUUGGAAUAAAUUAAUUAUGAAUGUGGGGUUCUGCUCUUUUAGCGUCGUCUUCGGCUUGGGGUGCCAAUGCCAUUUUUUUAAAUUUUAUUUUAUUUUUGCACUAAGCACGCGAGCGCCAGUGGGGAUGAUGGGGACUGCAAUCCCCCCAUGUCGUUCGUUCCUAUCGGACGCUGGUCUGUUCGUCCAAAGCCAGUCGACAUUUUGUAUUUUCAUGCCACGUCUUUUCUCCGGAGAGGCUCAUGACGUCGGCACUGCUGACCAAACGAUGGCUGCGGCGUUUUCAAGUUUUUCUUUGACAUAUUGACUCCUUUAUUUUUUUCCCAACGGACGGAGUUCAUCUCUUUGUAACUGACCUGUAAAUGAAGCUGCGGACAUUGUGUGAGACGGAGACUUGCUAUUAAUUUAAAUCAAACGGCGCGUGCCUGAUGUAUUUAUUCCUCGUGGUGUGUUCUGCACGUCAUUGGCAGCUACGAUUCCUGGUUUGAACCUGAGAGGCCAGGAACUGAAAGUCAGUCCAUUAUUCCUGUUUGCAAUUCUCUAAUGAAUGUAUAUUGAUUUUUUUUUUUGUAUUAAAGCCUGAUUAAAGGCCUAUCCUAAAUAAAGAAUAAUCAGUAAAAAAAAGCCAUAACGCUGUGUAUU